AUGGAGCAGGGAUCCCGAAAUUAUAACAGGGAUAAUCGCAUCGAUGAAUAUGAUACGAUCUUAUCUGAUGAUUCCAUGGGCGGGAGUGAUCACGUCCUAGCAUCUUCAUCAUCGGAAUUCAGUGAAUCAGAUGUCGAUUCAGAGGCGAGUAAUGUGGAAAUUGAAGAGCAGAGUCAAGCCACUAACGGGGAAUAUUCACCUAAUUUAAAUAGCAGACAUGACGGUGGGGCCGAUAUAAUGGAUGACCAUAAUAAUGAUGACAAGAACGAAAAUGAGAACGUGAUAAAUGAUUACGAUGGGGAUGGUUGUCAGAUGACUAGAGAUGAACAUAUGAGGGAAGAUCAUCUGGAUGUGAAUGAAGAUGACGAGGGGGGAAACAGUGUUCAGGCGCAUAAUACAACUGAUCAUGUUGAAAUUAAAAUGGAAGCGGAGAACAGUGAAGAAGAAACCGAAAUGGAAGUAGAAACAGAGGAAGAGGUGAAUGAAGAUGCCGAAGACGCAUGCAACACCAGAAUUUACUGGAUCAUCAACUGCAGCAGAGACACUUAA